ACCAAAUCAUAUUAUUAAGUGUCUGCUAGAAAACAACCGUCGUAAAUCCUAAGUAAUAUACCCUAUACAGCCAAAGUUUUGACGUACGAAGUCGAAGAUGAACACCCAAACAGGUUCCGUGGAAGCAAACGAGGCAAUCCUGUGCGGCAAUGGAUGCGGGUUCUUUGGAACAGCAGCGACGAUGAAUUUAUGUUCAAAGUGUUACAAAGACCACGUCGUGAACAUGAACGUCGUGAAGGAGGAUGAGGCAGAAUUAGCAUCAUCACCAUCAGCUGAUUCUGAUAUAGAUGAGUUGGAAGAGGAGAUGAACUUAAUGUCAUUAGGGAGAGAAAAAGAGAUAUAUAUUAUGGAUUACAUUGAGGCUGAAAAGAAGGAGAGUGCAAUACCAAAGUGUUGGUUCUGUAGGAAGAAGCUUGGAUUGGUGUCAUUUAACUGUAAAUGUCGGAGAAAUUUCUGUCAGUCUCAUAGGUAUCCUGAAGAUCAUCUGUGCAACUAUAAUUAUAAGCUUCUUGGAAGACUUGCAAUUGCUAAGAAUAACCCUCGUAUUGUACCUGACAAGUUGAACAAGAUCUGAUGCUUUUGUUUUAGAGAUCGACUGAAAAUUUACAAAUUCUUUCUUUUUUUUUGUGUAAUUUUUAGUUUCUUUUUAUUAUUUUUUUUAAUAUAUAAGAUGUGAUUUUUCUUUGAGUUCUUUUGUUAUCUAUGGAAAUUAGCAAUAUUAAUUCAUGCUUCGUAUACUUAUCAAUGGCUAAAGAGUACUUAAUUUUUACUAUUAAUACUCUAUCUGUUUACUAUUAAUAUUUUUAAUUAUUUAUUGAUAAAAAUCACUAAAAGUUAUUCAAAAAAUAUACUUCUUAUUCUGAGAUUAACUGAUAGUAUUGUACGUAAUAACAUUUUUUUAUAUAUUACCAAAAGAAAAUUGGUAUAUCUUAUAAAGUGCAUAUAUGUACUUAGCUCUACAUACACCAAGCUAAGCUUGGCCUAAUGAUUAUGAUAACGCCUUCCAAGUUCCAAUUAACCUUGAGGUUGGAAGUUUAAUUCCCACUAGGGGCACGUUCAGGGUAAGAUUUUCUUUACUUUCCCCCGAAUUCUUAGAGUGUCUAGCCCUCUAACUCGGGUUGAG